AUGCAUUUUGGCUACACGGUUGAAGAGGCGCUAUCGAAACUAGACAGACGUGACAAAGAAGACGUACGUGAGAGAUGCAAAACCUUUCUUGUUAUUUUGUGUUCCGAAUUACAGAAAAGGUUGCCAAAACAGAUCACAUUCCUUAAAGCCAUGGUGAAGUUGUCUCCAGAAAUAGCCACUUCUCAAGUGAAACCUACAUUAGUUGACAUAUUACAAAAUGUUCAAAGGGCUGAAGUAUAUGGGUACAAGAGUCAGUCAUCAGAAGAUGAUGAUGAGGACGAAGUACUCGGAUGUAGGGAUGAUCCAUAUCCAGACUUUGAUAUCAACAAGGCUUUAGAUAAAGUUGAAGAUUGUGCAGAUCGUUUUUCAUUGGAAGAGCUGAAGAGCGUUUUAGAAUCUAAUUCAAGUAACAGAUCUAUGUUUGCACCAUGCAGCAAUAUUGCUGCACCGGAAUCAAGUAAAUUGAAAAAGACUCAAAAGAACAUCAGCAGUAAUAAAGACUGUGGAAUCGGUUUAAAAAGUCACACAGCUGGUCCAAGGAAACGGUCUGCGUCUAAGUCACAUCUUCGUGAACAAAUUACAACUAGAAAAUUACCAAGAAAAAUGGCUUCAUCAUAUAAAAACCCACCAAUGAGGAAUAUGACACUGCCACCACUAGCCAGAGCUGCUUCGCCGCCGCCGCCUGCCAGAGUGACGACGCCGCCUACUAGAGAAGUGACACCACCUGCUAGAGUGAAGACGCCGCUUACCAGAGAGGUGACACCGCCUGCCAGAGUGACGACGUUGCUUAUCAGAGAGGUGGCACCGCCUAGUAGAGAGGUGACAUUGCCUGCCAGAGUGAAGACGCCGCUUAUCAGAGAGGUGACACCGCUUAUCAGAGAGGUGACAUCUCCUGCCAGAGUGACGAAGCCGGCUACUGGAGAGCCACCGCCGCCAGCCAUACAGGUGACACCACCUGUCAGAGAGGCAACGCCGCCUGCCAGAGAGACGACGUCACCCUCCAGAGAGACGACGUCACCCGCCAAAGAGACGAAACCACCUGCCAGAGAGCCAACGCCGCCCGCUAGAGAGGUAAUACCGUUAGUUCACCAAGAAACAUUGCAGGAAUUGAUGACGAAAACGAGAAACUGGUCAGGUGAGGUAUCAAAUAUUCCACAAAAAUCUUUUGAUAAAAAGUUACAGACCACAAAGGAGUACAACAAUAGAAGUUUACCACUGGAUUCCUUUUUGGACAUGUUUCCGAACCACAUAUUUUCCACCAUAGCUGAAAAUACAAAUAAAUACGCUGAGCAUAUGUUCUCAUUUAAUUGGAAGCCCACUGAUACCAUUGAAGUUAGAGCUAUUUUAGGGAUGAUAAUUUUAAUGGGUGUACAUCCUCUUUCUAGGAUUGACUUGUACUGGUCUUCAGACCAGCUGUUUUAUAACCCAGUAAUUGCAAAAGUAAUGUCUUGCAAAAGGUUCAAAAAAUUAACUGAAAAUCUACACUUGAAUGAUAAAGCAGCAGAAGUCCCACGAGGUCACCCCAAUUAUGAAAAACUUUGUGAGAGAAGUGAUGAACGUCUUAAAUGGAACUUUUUUAGAGAACUGCACCCCAAGCAGCAGUCAUUCUAUAGAUGA